AUGACUGAGCCUGAGAACUUCGAGGAUGAUCUCUUCGCCGACCUCUACGAUGACAACGAUGCCGCAAAGCCAGCGUCUGCUCCCGCUGCAGCAGCCCCCCCUGCCCCAGACGUUCAGCCUCCUACUAACAUUCACAACAACGACAAUGAUGACCAUAACGGGAUGCAGCAGCAUCAAGAAACUGGAGGUGAUGAACACAUGACUCAAGAUCAAGAUGACGACGACGACGAUGUCGACUUCAAUCUCGGUGGUGGAGGAGGAUACGGCGCAUCCGGUCACACACGCCAGGCUGAUAUGCAUGACGAUGCUCCAACACCUCCAUACGGAACCGUACACAAGGCGAGUGCCAAAGAAGAUGGUAAAAUGUUCAUAGGCGGUCUGAACUGGGAAACCACUGAUCAAUCAUUGCGGGAUUACUUCUCACAGUUUGGUGAAGUCGUUGAAUGCACAGUCAUGAGAGACAGCAGUACCGGCCGGUCGCGAGGAUUUGGUUUCUUGACUUUCAAGGACGCCAAGACAGUCAACAUCGUCAUGGUCAAGGAGCAUUUCCUUGAUGGCAAGAUCAUCGACCCCAAACGUGCCAUUCCCCGAGACGAACAAGAGAAGACGAGUAAAAUCUUCGUCGGAGGUGUCAGCCAGGAAACCACCGAUCAAGAAUUCAAGGAAUACUUUGCACAGUUCGGCCGCGUCGUAGACGCAACUCUUAUGAUGGACAAAGAUACCGGUCGUCCACGAGGAUUCGGGUUUGUGACGUUCGAAAAUGAAGCCGGCGUCGAUGCCUGUAUCAACGUACCACUAGAAAUUCACGGAAAACCCAUCGAGGUCAAGAAAGCCCAGCCUAGAGGCAACCUUCGAGAAGAGGAAGAGGCCUCACGACGCGGCAAGUUUAGGAAAGACGGCGACCAGUCAAGCCAGGGCUCCAUGGGCCAACAGAUGGGCAACAACGGCAUGACACCCCAAGUCAUGGCCCAAUACUUUCAACGCAUGCAACAGUAUUUCGCUAUGAUGCAGUCACAGAUGGCCAUGAGCCGAGGAAUGCCCAUGAACCCAGCCAUGUGGCAGAACAUGAUGCAGAUGCAACAGAUGCAACAACAGAUGAUGGGUCGAGGAGGCGGUGGUGCCAAUGCUCAGAACAUGAUGCAAAACAUGAACCCACAGAUGAUGCAGCAGAUGCAACAAAUGCAGCAACAGAUGAUGCAACAGCAGGGCCAGCAAGGUGGUCAAGAUGCUGCUUCCGGCAGUGCUAGUCCCACUGCCUCUGCCAGCGGUGGUGGUGGUGGUGGUGGUGGUGGUCGAGGAUACGACAAUAACAACUACAAUCAAUACCAACAAGCUCAAGGAGGUCGUCGUGGGGGCCGUGGAGGCUACGGCGGUCAUGGAGGAGGUCAUGGAGGCUAUGGUAUGGGUGGAGGAGGGGGAGCCCCUACUUCAUGGGAGGGCAUGUACGACGACGUUCCUCAGCCAAACGCCCAAGGCUCAGGUGGCUUUAACCGUGCUGGCAGUGCCAGUGCGAACUCUGACCCGCAACAUGCACCACCCGCCAAUGCGCCUACAGGACCCAAAAACGCCGGUAAACCUGGAGCCAAUUACCGUGGAGGAGGACGGGGUGGAAACCGCGGCUUUCACCCUUACUCACGAUAA